AUGGCGUUUCUCUACAUCGAUCGAAUAAAGAGAGACUUUCAACGAACCGAUCACUGUCUAUCGCGCAGAGUGACUUACAGAAAAUGGUCCCCGAAAAUUGUCAUAGAACGAUUGAAUAGCCAGACCGCGACGUUUGACAAUCGCUGCCUCUCCGAAGCGUUUCCGGUUAAAAACACCUUCAUGAAUCUCGUGCCCAAAGUACCGAAAAUUUUCACGAUCGGCCUGAAACUGGAUCGCAAAGACGACGAUGAUAAAAAUGCUCGCCAAUUCUGGAACGUUGCUAGCGUGAAGAAUUUUUUCAAACAUUAUUUCAGCUUUAUUCGCAGGUGUCAAAGUUAUUUGCACAUUUCAUGGAAAUAUACGCCGAAUGAGAACGACUUUGAAUAUCUCUCCUUCUCCUCUUCCACGUCGGCGAUCUCGCGAUGUCGACGAUGCUGCUGUCAUCAUAAAUCGCACUGCGCGAUGCCACGUCGCAAACACUCGCAAACAUUUCCACAUGAGUGCGAAGCUUCGCAGUGCAGUGGCCAAUUUUCAACGAGAAAUUCUUCCAAGUUAGAGUCGCGUGGCAGCCAAUGCCAGUUUACAGAGAACGCAAAAGGGAGUAUAGACCCACCUGGCGAUAUUUGUUUCACCGUCGAUCCAAAUAACAAGGCGCAAUCCGUUCGCGCAGAGGCAAAGUUUGCCAAGUUCUUGCCAGAGAGCGAAUACAAUUCUACAAGUCGCGUUGCACCUCGCAACGAUCAGGCUGUAAAAUCGAAGAAGGACGCUUGCUGUCAAACCACGUUCACGAGCGUCAAAUCGUGUCACGGUAGCUGGAAGAAGAACCACGUCGAACGGAAGAGUCGGAUGGAGAAUGAUUGCGUUUCAACGAACGCGUCGUCGUCUUCCAGGGUUAUUGAGACGAUCUUCGCGACGACGAAUUUCGACGGCGAGAAGAGCAAGACGAAUCUAGAGUCGCUCGGGGCUCGUACGUCCAGGAAGCGCAGGAUCAGGAGAACUGACAAAAGAUCGAGGAAGCACGACGCGGAGAAUUCAUCGAGAAAAGAAAGGAGCGGGUCUCAGAGGGAGCUGGUCAAACGUGAGAGACGCGAGACGAUUAAAGAUCAAAUUCACUCGUCGACGGAAACGUUCUUCGACUGCGACAGCGCGGCGAAUUUCGCCGACGGCGAUUCGACGAGAAUUCCCCCUCGGCGACGAUGGAGCGAUGCAUUGACGUUCGUCGAAAAUUACGACAUUCGAAGCAUCUUGAACAAGAGGAACGGCGAAAUUCACGCGAUGUCCGAUCACGCAAACUCGCCAGGAAAUGGAGAAACGCCGAUGGUAUCGAGGCAGAAUUAUUUGGUAGAGGACAAAACCUCCGAGUCAAUGAUCCUUGGGAACGUGAAGAAACGAUUGGAGGAGGACUACGACGAUUACUUCUCAGUGGACAACGAUCUGUUCGUCGACGCGGUGGAUCCAAGCGACGUUAUACGAGUCGAUGGCCGACCUUCGACGGAUCGUUACACGUUGCUGAACAACGACGACGACGAGCCGAGGUCAGUCACGAUCCACCAACGGACGAAGCAAGAAUUGACGAAACGAUCGUUACGCACCUCCUUGACCUGCACCUCCUCCAUUUGCUUCACGGACUUGAGCUGCAGUCGCAGCAGCUAUCACACCUCGAUGAGAGAGCAAGAGCACAGUCCAAGCACAAAGAUCGUUGACAACGUUUCACCGUCGAACUUCCACUCCUUCAGCGACAAUUCUUUCAACAGUUUCCUUCACGCCUACUCGAUGAACACCGGGCUGUCGCGUGGCAAUAACUUGAGAACGUCGCGCUGGGAAAAUUGUUUCCCGAACGACCUGGUGAACUCGUACACCGUGUGCUGCUACCAACGAAACUCGACGCCGAACCUCUCCAAUUCCUCGAAAUUGAUCGCCGAGUCGUUGGACUCUGGAAUUCUGACGGAUGAUUGCUCGCGCGAUCGAGUUGCGUCGAACGAGGACGCGAUUCGGCUCGGUGAAGGAAGCGAGGAGAUGGUUGAACAGGAUUGGAAACGUCAGGCGAGAAGGAACGAUCUGCUGCUCGACUGCGAUCUCAAUACGGACAGCAGUUACUCGGACGAUUCGCUUAAUCGAAGAGUCGACAUCGUGGUGAAGAAGUUCACGGACAAUCUGAUUCUGUCGGAGAGAAGGGCGAGGACGAAGUUGAAGGGCAUGGGGAAUUCCUCGGGCCACGGGCAGGCCAGGAAACGACGGAAGGGACAAGUAUGUCCGGUGGUGAGAGAAUGCGUUCGCAAACGAAGCUCCACCAGCAAAUUCGAGUCCUCGCCGCGACUGAACGACGACGAUUGGGCCAUAAGCAGCUCCACGCCACCCUUGUUCUCCUUCUCCGAAUCCGAGAUGGAUCACUCGUAG